CAUUUUCGGCGAUCCCCUGCUCCAAGAGCGGAAACUCCAAAACCCUAAACCCAUGGCGGCGCUCACCUCCUCCGCCGGCUGUCGCCUCCUCCGCCGCUUCCUCUCCACAGCCUCCGAAGUAGCAUCGGAAGCUAUCCCCCCCGUCGCUAAGAAGGAGGCACACCCCGUCCGGAAGAAGGUGGCGUCUAAGGCGGCGCACGGCGUCGCCAAGGACGCGAAGAAGGCAGCGCACCCCGCCGCAAAGGUGGCUUCGGAGUCGGCGCGCCCCGUGGAGGAGGACGCCAAGAAGGCGGCGACCAAGGACUCGCGCCCGCUGUACCGGCGGCUGUCGGCGCUGGGGAACGCGGGGGAGGGGAGCGUGUCGGGGGUGCUCAACAAAUGGGUGCGGGAGGGACGAGAGACGCGCUCCGUGGAUCUCGAGAGGUAUGUCAAGGAGCUCCGCAAGUACAAGCGCCAUCCCCAGGCCCUUGAGUUGAUGGAUUGGAUGGUUCAUACCAAGGGUAUGAACAUGUCAUACACUAACCAUGCAAUACGUUUGGACCUCAUUUACAAAGUGCGUGGCAUUGAAGCAGCUGAAAAGUAUUUUGAUGGCCUUCCUGAUCCAGCCAAGAACCAUCGAACUUAUGGUGCACUUCUCAACUGUUAUUGCUCAUCGAAAAAAGAAGAGAAAGCAACGGACAUCUACCGGAAGAUGGAUGAGCUUGGCAUCUCAUCCAGUACUCUGCCCAUCAACAAUCUGAUGUCCCUUUACAUGAAGUUAGGCCAGCAUAAGAAGGUUGCUAGCCUAUUUGAGGAAAUGAAGGAAAAGAAUAUUAAACCGAAUAACCUCACAUGCUGUGUUCUGAUGACCAGUUAUGCGGCAUUGAACAAGAUAGAUAAUGUUGAAGAAGUUCAAAAAGAAAUGGAAGAAAGAAAUAUUCUAGGGUGGUCUGCGUAUAGUACACUGGCUUCCAUCUACUUGAGUGCUGGUUUGGUUGAAAAAGCAGAGUCUGCUCUGAAGAAACUUGAGGGCCUUGUUGAAGCUAGUGAUGGCAGACAGCCUUUUGAUUUCCUUAUGAGUCUAUAUGCUUCAGUAGGCAAUUUGAGUGAGGUCAACAGAGUGUGGGACGUGGUUAAGGACACUUUUCCAAAGGUGACUAACACAAGCUACUUCAGCAUGCUCCAAGCUCUUCUAAAGCUCAAUGAUGCUGAUCGCAUGAAGCAGAUUUUUGAGGAAUGGGAGUCUAAUCAUGAAUGCUAUGAUGCAAAACUGACUAAUGUGAUGACUCGAGCCCAUCUGAAGAAUGGCAUGGCAAAAGAAGCAGAGCUGUUGUGGGAGAAGGCCAAGGAAAAGGGUGGCAAUUUUGACUCUAAAACAUGCGAGUUGUUCCUCGACCACUACAUGGGGACAGGGGACAUGAAAUCAGCACUCAACUGGGUCGAGAAUGUGACAAAACUCCCCAAGAAAACAGCGAAGCUAGAUCAGGAGAAGAUCCACAAAUUCUCCAAGUACUUUGAAGAACAGAAGGAUGUCGAAGGUGCAGACAGGUUCUGCCGCUGCUUGAGGAUACUUGGGUGCAUUGAUGGCAAAGCAUACGAGUCCCUCCUGCGGACCUAUCUGGCAGCUGGUCAGACAAGCCGUUCCCUCCGUCAACAGAUCAAGGAUGAUAAGAUUGAGAUAUGCUACGACAUUGGGAAGUUACUCACGAGGAUGGGCGACAAGGGACGGUGAAAUACCGAUUUCAGCCCAGAAUUUACGCCAGUUAUUUCUUCUGAUUUAUUUCAUGGAUAGCAGAAAGCAGAUGUUACAAGAUAGAACAGUUGUCGGCCCUUAUUUUGACACAUGGUUGAGCUGAUGUUCCAGCUUUUGCUUCUUUCUCAUCAAGAAGUGGGAGGCAGGCCGUAGCAAGGAGAUUUUUACUAGUGCAACGUGUAGUCUUGUCUAAGGGGGCUUUGUCCUGCAGUUUUUUUUUUGGUUGCUUUUCUUCUGUAUGUAAUGGCUGUUUCAGACUUGCGGUACUGAAGCAAGAAUCCU